GCCCUGCACUUUUAUUAAUCUCACUCAUUCGAGUUGACAAUAUUCUCGCAUAUACAUGAAUCUAAUAAACCUGAAUGAUCCAAUCAAGGAUUGCUGCAAAGCAAUUGUGUGCAAAAUAAAUUCAACUUUGACUAAAUUUAAAAAUUCAAUUCUUAUCGAGUAAAAGUUGAACAAAAAUAAUCAACUUUUUAUAACAAUUUAUCAAUGAUUUUUUUUGUUAAUAUGAUUUUUCGUAACUUUUUUAUUCUUUUUUAUUGUGAUUUUGUUUCAAGUUUGGAUUUCAAUGCCAACAAUUAUCAUUCCAUGGAUUUUACUUCUACAGUGUUUUCGCAGUCAGUGUUACCAUCCUCAUCAGAGUCAACUGUUUACAAUUCAAUGACAAAAAACUUGUCGAAUCAACAAUACUUCAUCGUGAAGCCAAGUGAUGUUGAAAUUAUCGAAGGUGAUACAGUUACACUUCAGUGUCAAGUCGGUAAUCAACUUGGUGCCGUCCAAUGGAGUAAAAAUGGUUUACUUUUAGGUUUUCGUGCUUUCAUACCAGGAAUGCCUCGUUACCGAGUGAUCUCUGAUUCCUCGAAAGGUAUUUACAAUCUAAGGAUUACUAGUGUAACCAUUGAAGAUGAAGGUGAAUAUCAAUGUCAAGUUGGACCUGCUCAAAACCAAUUACCAAUCCGUGCCUCGUCACAUGUCACAGUUAUAGUGCCACCAAAAAGCUUAACCAUCACUGGUUUUGUGUCAUCCGAAAGUGAUAAUUCAGAGAUUUCCUUUCCUUCAAUUUUACCAUCAACUUCAAGUGAUCAUCAUAUAGUGGAAGCCAAGGAAUCGGAGAAAGUGAUUCUCAUGUGCAUAGCCUCACCUAGUAAACCUCCACCAAGAAUAAAAUGGUUCCGUAGAAACAUUGAACUUCUUCCAGAAGCAUCACGGACUCAUCACAAUAAAUCGAUUGUCAACAAUCGAUAUACACUUUUCACGACGGAAAGUUCAAUCAUUUUGUAUCCCAAAAGUGAAGGAAUUUAUUCAUGUGAAAUCGAACAUGCAGGUUUGAGUAAACCUCUUCGUGCCUCUUCCAUGAUAAACAUUUUCAAUGAACCAGGACCACCGAUAAUUGAAGGUUAUUCAGAGGAAAAUUCAGUGAUAUUGGGUGAAACAGUGACUCUUACCUGUACUUCCAAAGGAGGUUAUCCACAUCCAAAGGUUUAUUGGUUUCGAAAUGGCCUUGAACUGGAUAAGAGUUUUAAUGUCAAUUCGCGUAAUGAUGUGAUCAACAGCUAUUCUUUUAUACCUUCAAUUGAUGAUAAUCAAAGUGUUUUCAAAUGCUCAGUAACAAGCAAUUUAACCAGUAAACCUCUUGAAGCUUCAAUUAAAUUAAAUGUUUACUUUUUACCUUCUAAAGUGAUAAUAAAUGGACCAAGUGAAACUCGUCUUUACAAAACAAUUGACCUCAAGUGUACAACUCGUCCAGGGAAUCCGCCGCCUUUACUUACAUGGCUUGUGGAUAACAAUGUUACUUCAGCAACGACCAUUGAGACUCAAAAUGAUGGAUCAAAUGGUUGGAUUAUAAAGUCAACUUUAAGUUACACCAUUUCACAGCGAAUACCAAGUGUCACCUUUACAUGUAAAGUUGAAGGAUUACCACAAAAGAAGAGCAUCUCAGCGAAUCAUCAAGUCAACAUAAUUUACCCUCCAAAUCCACCAACAUUAACUGGAUACAAGGAAGAUGUUCCAAUGGAAUCAGGUAGUCUCCAUAAGAUUAAAUGUGUUUCUCUCGGCGGUAAUCCACCUCCUAAUCUGAAAUGGUUCAAGCAAGGAAAAGAGAUAAGCACAAUAUCAAGUAUAAGUGGCAGUGGCGUUUCCAAUGAACUUGUUGUUCGACCUGAACCAACUGAUAACGGAAUUGAAUAUACGUGCCAAGUGAAUCAUUCCGCUUUAAACCAACCUUAUUCAACAUCAUUAACGCUCAAUGUUAUCUAUGCCGCCAAUAUAAGUGAACCUAUCAAGGUGAGACGAGCAUUUGGCAAGACUGACCGAUGGCCGGCCGAAGGCGAUGACAAUUUUCAACUUCUCUGUCUAAUUAGCUCCAAUCCUGAGCCUCGAGUAAAAUGGUUUAGAGAGGAUAUUGGACCACCCAUGGACUGGUUUCGAGUAAAGUAUAACUUGGAUUCAAGGCCAAACCAUCAUGUGUCCAUACUCACUGUAUAUAAUGUGACUCGAAGUGAUGCCGGGUUGUACACUUGCUCAGCACACAAUUCAUUGAACAACAUUGCCUCCGUCCAAUCAAUUGUUGUCUUGGUUGAAUAUGCUCCAAGCAUAAGACGAGCACAUCGUAAAGUGGCUGCCGAUUUAAACAGUGACUCAGUAAGGUUAACCUGUCAGGCCGAAGGUUAUCCAAUGGUAAACUUUAACUGGUCCAUUGGAGGGGAAAAUUCAUUAAAGUACAAGAUAACCAAUGAAACUGUUGAGACCAGGUUGACCCCUGUCAAUGCCAGUCAACACUUUAAUUCAACUUCAAACACAAUCUUGUUUCAAAGUAACCUUAUCAUUAACAAUGUAGUUGAGACUGAUUUUGGUUCUUAUCGAUGCACUGCCUUCAACUAUUUAGGUCAAGAUAUUUUGGAUAUUCAACUUGUUCGUAAAAGUAUUCCUGAAGCGCCAACCAAUUUGACUUUAGUUAAUGUAACUGACAAUAGCAUUACUUUAUCUUGGAUUCCGAGUUUCGAUGGCGGUCAUGAGCAGUCAUUUCGAAUUCGAUAUAAAAUUAUUAAAAGCGAUUAUUUUUCUUCGUUAUUACCGUCGACUGGUUCAAGUUCAUCAACAAACUCAAUUCGUUCGAAUGAAGUCAAAUCAAAUUCCGAGUAUUUCUAUGGUUAUCCGACAAAUGGGUCAACAGUGUUUACUUUAACGGCACUUGAACCAGCGAGUGAAUACAUCAUUACAAUUUCUAGUCGCAACAAGUUGGGUGAAAGUUUAAUUUCCCGUGAAUUCAUUCGAACUCGAACAUUGUCAGUUCCAAUUGUGAUUGAUCGUGACAACUUGGACAACAGUGUCGGUGGAAUGGCCACUGUCGGUGAAAGAAAGUCAGACAUUAAACUGAUCGCUGGAAUGGGAACGACUUUGGUAGUAAUCAUUAUACUGGUUGCUGGUUCAAUUGGAUGCUUAACCUUUUCAUGGGCACUUCUAGUCUAUUACAAGAGAAACUCGCCUUUCAUUCAACGUUCCGUUUCGGCCUCGAAUCAUGUAGUGUAUUGUGUCAACAAUUCAAGUCAAUCAUCGCCUCCCGAUCAAAUGGUUACAAGCAAUAAGAAAUGUGCUCAUCAAGUACAGUCACAACAGCAACAUUCAAAUGCUUAUCAUCAUCACAACAAUAGCAAUCCAAAUGAUUCGACACUUCAAGGAAUGAAAUAUCCUUCCGAACUGACCAAUGGUCUCAUAAUCAGUACAAUCAGUUCAGGUGGAGGAUGCAAUGGUGGCAAUGGCAAUGGAAAUAUGAAUGUUGAUUUCGUCUCCAAUUGUUCCACUGAAAUUCCAUUCGUCAUUUCGUCAAACACAGUUGGACUCUGUAAAUGUGAUACGACAAUACCUUUGAUGGUCAUUGAAGAGAAACUUCAACUUUCAGAUUUAACCGAUAAUCAAGAUAAAUGUUAUUCAUUUACAAACAACAAAGAUUAUGAAUCUAAAUUGAUGGCUUCCAUUGUUGAAGGAGGACAACAACCUGAUAUAUUGAUGAAUCAAAUAAAGGAUCAGUUCGUUGAUCAUGCAAUCUGUUGUGAUGGUGACUGUAAAUUGACUGACGACUGUAAUGAUAUUCAUACAUUGGCCACUUUACGACGAAUACCUCGAGUUAAUAUUAUUGACGGAGAAUAUUCUUUGACCACAGUUCCAGAGGAAGAAACGGACGAGAUUCUUUGAGGUUCAUCAACAAAACUUGAAAGCUAUCGAUAACGGAAAACGUUUCUAUCGUCGAUUCAUUUAAAUAUGGAAAUUAAAUUAAAACCAAUUUGCAAUAUUGAUCGAGUUGCAAGUGACUUAAAAUCAUAUCUUAUCUUUUGUAUCGACUGUAAAUGAAAAAUAAUAUUCAUAACAAUUGCAACUAUUUUUACAUCUGUAUUUUUGUAAAUUAAAAUCUCACUGAAUGGAAGAGAAAAAUUGAAAUCUCA